AAAUAAACAAUGACGACACUUGUACUUAGUUCAAUUACAUACAAGUAUGCUAAGUGACUAUAUCGCGAUAUAUCAUCGAUCUUCUUCUGGCUUCAGAAUAAUGUAACCAUAUAUCUGAAUUCAAGAUUUCAAAUGACCAUGGCUGUGUUUCUGUAACAUCAUUCAUAGAGACUGUUAAGAUGGCUGGAAAGGAAGCCUUCUGUAUGUCAAAUCCAUUACAACCAGAAAGUAGUCCAGAUGCCAUCCGUCCAUCUUUGACAUCCCUUCAAACCCUAUCUCUGGACGAGACUAAAUCACCAUGGGAUCAAGGCUGCUGCAGUACCAGUACAACCUCAGACAACUCCUUUCCACAAGAGUCUCUUCCCUCGUCAUCGUGGCGUACGCUGUCGUUGGACGAGAAGCUCCUAAGGGGGAGGGGAAGCGGGUCCUCCCACCGUCCGUCCAGUCACGAACAAUGCUGUCGGAGGGUAUCGUCGUGUCAUACCAUCAGCGGAAACCUCGCCCUUGACCCUAUGAUCGCCUGUAAGCUUUGCCUGUGUGAAUGUAAACUACAAGAGAUGCAUCAAAUGCACAUGUGUUCCUGUCUUUACUGUAAAAAGUGUCUUCAACAGUACUUGGAAGUCUUAACAGAAGAGGGCGCUGUCUCUGUUGUAACAUGUCCAGAUGCUGCCUGCAAGGAGCAUGGCAAGAUAUCUGAUGAAGAGGUUCAAUUGCUGGUGGGUGAUGCUUCCUUUGAAAAAUUCAAGAAAGUCAAGUUCAUGAAAGAAGUGGAAUUAGACCCAAACCGUGCAUGGUGCCCGAGGGUAGGCUGUAACACAGUCUGUAAGCAGACAGAGGAGAAGAAGCAAGAAGUGGAACAAGGGAAGAGCAAAGGAAAGAAACUCCUACGCAUCACUGGAAAGAAAUUCAGCUGUUCGAAGUGUGGGCUUACAUUUUGUUCAAUCUGCAAAGCACCCUGGCAUGGAGCAAGACCGUGUAGUAAACUAGCCAAAGGAACUGGAAGCGUUUCAGGGAAGUCCAGAGGAACCUCCCAUAUUCUUGAUAUGUUAGGUAUUCAGAAAGAUGAUUCAGAUGAAGUGGCCAUCAAACGUUGUCCAUUCUGUCACAUACCCAUUGAAAGGGAUGCUGGUUGUGCUCAGAUGAUGUGCAAGAACUGUCAGCAUGUCUUCUGCUGGUACUGUCUCGCCAACCUUGAUAAUGACUUUCUCCUGCGUCAUUAUGACAAAGGUCCGUGCAAGAAUAAGUUAGGGCAUUCCAGGACAACGGUCAUCUUUCAUCGAGCUCAGAUUGUGUGUGUGUUUGCUGGUUUCGGAUUCCUCCUCCUCAUCGCAUCGCCAUUCCUCCUCCUCAUCGCCCCGUGCAUCCUCUGCUGCAAGAGUAAAUGGGGCCAUAUGUGCGAUGACAUGGACGAAGUACCCGAAUGAUAGAUGCAUUGUGUUUCAUUAAGAUGUUCAUAGGUUGCAAAUGACUUCAUGUUGUAAAUGAUACAUCUCUGUUACAUGAAUAAUGAAUCUAUUGUGUUUCAUAAAACAGUUGGUACAUGUAAGUAACGAAUGGCUUCACCCGCCACUGGUGAUCCUCUUUUGUGCUAAAAUCCUUUAGCUGACGUGUACCAGUUGUGCGUGAUAUUGUGCAUUACUGUACAGACACCCUUGCCUAUAAACGCUUACCAGGGCACCGUUGCAUAAAAGUUCCUGUUAUGGUUAUGGUAACUUUGCAUUGCAAUGGUAUCUUACACAGAAUCCUUGAUUCUGAUUGGCUGAUGAGCACUGUUACCAUGGUAGUUACCGUUGGAUGGCAAAGUUACCAUAAUAUUAACGGGGCCCAGGCAUUGUUUUGUUUUUAUUUUCUCCCUUUCUUUUUUUGUCAGUACUUCCUUCACAGACAGAAUAGGACACAUUGGACCGUAUUCUGAAGACGGGUUUAACUUAAACUCAGGUUUAAAGUCGUGGUUUAAGUGUGGACAGCCAAUUGUUACAUAAAUCACUAAUGG